UUUUAUUAUCAAAAUUUUAUUAUCACACCAAGAGUACCACUUGCAAGUCUAAUUUAUGUCCAAAGAUAAAAGAUUAGAUGUUGCGCUAGGUAUCUUGUGAUGGGGAUUGCUAAUAUUUAAAUUUAAAAAUUAAUUUCAGUUCCUAGAGCAUAUCAUUUAUAUUAUUUUUGUUCUCUUUCAGUCAACAAUUCUGCUGCUAUAAUAUCUGCUAAUAUUAAUAGCAUCCCAGUGCUUAACGGCACGAAUUUUAAGGAAUGGAAAGAGAACGUUAUGAUUGUUCUCGGUUGCAUGGAUCUAGACCUUGCACUUCGGACUGAGAAACCCGCCGCUCUUAAGGACACAUCUACCCUUGAUGAAAAGAGGGAGAUGGAGAGGUGGGAACGCUCAAAUCGCAUGAGUCUAAUGAUCAUGAAACGUGCAAUUCCAAAAUCAUUCAGGGGCACAAUGUCUGAUGAGGCUGAUGCCAAAUCGUUCCUUACCGAACUUGAAAAGCGUUUUGCUAAAAACGAAAAGGCGGAAACUAGUACUCUUUUGAGCACUCUUGUUUCCAUGAAGUAUAAAGGCAAAGGGAACAUAAGGGAGUACAUUUUGGAAAUGUCUCACAUUGCUUCAAAACUAAGUGCACUAAAGCUUAUUUUACCUGAGGAAUUGCUUGUGUAUUUAGUUUUGAUCUCUCUUCCUUCUCAAUUUAAUCAAUUUAAAGUCAGUUACAACUGCAUUAAGGAGAAAUGGUCUCUCAAUGAGCUCAUUUCUCAUUGUGUUCAAGAGGAAGAGAGAAUAAAGCAAGAUAAGACAGAAAGUGCUCAUUUGGCAUCUACCUCUAAGGGCAGCAAUAAAAGGAAAAUUAAGGAAGCUGCAAAUUCGGGACCUCCCAGGAAGCAUCACAAGGAAACUAAGGAAGAAACUAAGGAAUCUGGAUGCUUCUUUUGCAGAGGGACUAAUCACAAGAAAAAGAACUGCACUAAGUACCAUGCUUGGCGUGCGAAAAAGGGGUUGCCUGAGCUGCCGAAAACCAAUUGAUGGUGAAAGAUACAUCUAUGUCGGUGAUGGCAAGCGGGUUGAAGUUGAGGCUAUCGGUGUUUUUAGAUUAUUAUUAAAGACUGAUUUUUAUUUGGAUUUGAAAGAGACAUUUGUUGUGCCGUCAUUUAGGCGGAAUUUAAUUUCUAUUUUUGCAUUAGACAAAUUUGGUUAUUCUUGUUCAUUUGGAAAUAGUCAGUUCAGUCUAUU